AUGAAUCUAAAAUUUUCAAAUAAUGAUGUACCAGAACAAUGGAAAAGUCUCGUCUAUGAAGCUACUCAAUACAAAGCCAGAGACCGUCCAGAAAUGAAUGAAAUACUUUGGAAAAUUAGAAUCAUAAAUAGAUCGAUUAAUACAACCGUUCUCAAUGUGUCAGAAUCAGAUAGUGAUCUACCGAUGUUAUCAUUUGAAGAAGCAGUUGAGCUUACAAAUCUCAAAAGUGGUUCUAAAGAUUCUAAAGAAAGAGCUUGGAAAACAAUUGCUAAAUAUUCAGAAAUGCAUAAUGAUUUUACUGCAAAAUAUUGGAAAGGAUAUUAUCUUUUUCAUAAAUUAAUUAAUUUUCCAUACUCUGAUGAUGAAAGAAUGCAGCUUGCUGCUGAUGCAUUUAAAGAAGCUGCUGAUGGUGCAAAUAUUCUGGAUGCACAAUCUAUGUACGCUUCAUGUAUUUAUAAAAAAGAUCCAUACACGGCGAUAAAAUAUUUUGAAAAAGCAGCUGAACAAAAUUAUACAGUUGCGAUGCAUAAUUUAGGAUUGUUAUAUUAUAAUGGUAAGUAUAUUGAUGCCGACAAAAAUAAAGGGGAAUAUUGGCUUAGAAGAGCUGUAGAUGGCAAUUUGGAAGCUUCCAUUAAUUUUUGCAUAAAAAAUGGGAUUACUUUAUAA